GGACUGGUUUCUGGUAAAUAAUAGUAAUAAACGUCAAAUGUUGCGGAUGCGAGUCCCGGAAGAUGAGGAUGACUGAAGGCGAAAUAUGAAGACAUGGAACAGAAGAUCUUCUUAAACUUAUUAUCCUAAUGAUGUCAAUUCCACUUGGUCUUGAACUGCAUCUCUCACUUUGAAAAAUCUGUGACCUUCGACCCGAACAGAUCUAGACCGUCAUCAUUGAGCUCUUUGAAUGUUUGACCCACAAUUUCGGAACCUGUCGGCCAAAUGAUAGCGAUUACAUGUCUAGCGACUGUGAGGAUGGUAAAGAGAGACCAGCUGGAUUGUCAGGACAGGCUAAGGAUGAGAAAACUUCUGGGAGAGUGACUUCCCCUAACAGUGUAGCUUCCUGUCCAGGAGGUUGUAAUAUAUAUGUAGGUGAAAAUCCCGAUUCUUUAAAAACGAUGGCUGACCAAGAGGAUUCUGACGGCAAUACCGUGGGUCCGGUACAUAGAACAAACUCUACUGCAGGUUUUGGGACAGUGGAGCCUAAACAGGACGGACAGCAGUCGUUUGAUCCGUACAGAAUGUUGGAGCGCUCCCAGUCCGAGGCUGUCCUCAUCCAUAACACGGAGGAUCCUUCUGGAGAGGUUAUGAGUUUGGAGUCCACCCAGUCUUCUGAAGAAGUCAGAAGUGAAGGAGCUAUGUCGAGUCAUCACAACAUUUCAGAAUGUACAAAAGUGUACUUCGACCUGUCUAAGGCGGAAGCCUAUGAGAAUCUGUGCGACAGGGCUCCGAAUUUACUGACAAGGACAUUGUCAGGGCGACACUUGGAGACCAUCCCACAGGAAGAUGAAACGGACGAUUGCGGAAAGUUUAGUCUGAGCGACAGGUCUAUAUCGAUGGAAAGUACAUCAAGCGAGGAUAGAAGUCCGAGGGGUUCCCAUAUCAGCAUCAAGGCUAUCCGCGAGGACAAGGCGUUUAUUACUACUGGGAUGGCACGAAAGGUCAUGAAGGUCAACAAAUCCCAGGAUCAUUUGAGUAAGAUUUCGAAGAGCAGCUGGAAGGCAAGCUUCCAGUUGUAUGCACAGAAUUUACGUCAGAAGACGAAGCAAUUGCAGAUGGGAUCUGUCCAGGAACAGAUACACGCUCUCAAAGAGUUGUGCGUUAUGAUGGAGCAGGUCUGGGCCAUUCCGACCUACGGCCGUGACCUGGCUUAUGGCCUUUGUGACAUCAUCAAAUCCGAGAAACUUCUAGAGAUUAUCAUUAAAAACUGUCAGUCACAGUCGCGGGAUCUGUUGAGGUCUUCUGCACGACUCCUGGAGAAAGUACUUACCACUGGUAACCGACAUAAAGUGGUCGAAAUAGGUCUUGACAUUGUUGUCAAGAUGACGAUUGAUGUAAAAGGGGACUCUGAGAUGGCCCGUGUCUCGACUGGAAUCAUGGAGAGUUUAUUUAAGACGUCCGAGGAUGCAAGUUCUCGCCUGAUUAAACUUGGCGGUUUGGACGUUGUACUUUACUGGUGUAGAUGUAACGACCGACUCACUCUGAGACACUGCGCCAUUGCCCUCGCAAAUCUUGCUUUAUAUGGCGGCCCUGAGAACCAAGAAAUCAUGGCCAAGCACAAAGUACCUGAAUGGCUUUUCCCUCUUGCCUUCAACGACGAUGACAGCGUACGUUACUAUGCCUGUCUGGCCAUCUCCGUAAUGGUCGCAAAUAAGGAAAUCGAGGCAGAUGUGUUGAAUUCUGGCACAUUGGAGCUUGUUCUCCCGUUCAUCAACAGUCACAACCCCGGCGAAUUUGCCCGGAUGGAUUUGUCUCACCGUCACGGUCGAUCCCGAGGGUGGUUGAAGCGACUGGUGGUUCUCCUGUCCAGUAAGAGGGAAGAAGCUCAGGCUCUUGCAGCAUUUCAUUUUGCGAUGGAAGCCGGCAUCAAGAGUGAACAAGAGAAGAAAGAGGUUUUCUAUGAAAUAGAAGCAAUAGAGCCGCUUCGGAAAUUAGCUGGAAGUCCUAACGCGACCGUUUCGAAACUAGCAGGCGAGGCUCUGAAGAUCAUAGGCGAGGAACUGCCACACAAACUCACGCAACAAGUGCCACUCUGGACGGUGGCUGAUGUCUCCGCCUGGGUGGCUCAAGUUGGUUUCAAGGACAUGGCUGCCAGCUUUGAGCGAUGCAAGGUUGACGGAGAUCUGCUUCUUACGAUGACUAAAGAGGACCUUGCUGACAGCAUUGGAAUUACAUGUAAAAUUACACAGAAAAGAUUCUUGCGAGAGUUGACAUAUUUAAAGAUGUCAGCUGACUACAAAUCAUGUGACCAGAGUGGGCUUGACGAUUGGCUGUCAGAUAUGAACCAGGAAUAUCGCCAGUACAUGUACCAGAUGAUGAGGUCAGGGUUGGACAAGCACUAUCUCUCCCAUGUCUGUGACGACCAGCUGAUGCAGGACUGCGGUAUCAGCAAUGGAAUCCAUCGCAAGCGCAUCAUGCAGAAAAUUGCAGCCAUGAAAGAGCUCCAGAUGUACAGUGACCAGUGUAGUGUAGACUCGGCCGACGGAAGCCUCCUGACCCGUUCCACGGAUGUCUUCAUCAGUUAUCGCCGUACCAACGGAUCUCAGCUGGCCAGCCUCUUAAAGGUCCACCUGCAGUUGAAAGGGUUUUCUGUAUUUCUGGACAUUGAGAAGCUGCGGGCUGGCAAGUUUGACGAGGGACUGCUGAGCAGUGUUAAAAUGGCCAAACACUUCAUCAUCGUGCUGACCCCAAACUCGCUGGACAGAUGUAUCGGCGAUAACAAUCAGAAAGACUGGGUUCACAAGGAGAUUGUAGCGGCCAUCAACAGUGGCUGUAACAUAAUCCCGGUGAUGGACAACUUCAUUUUCCCUGCCGCCGACACGUUACCUGAGGAUAUGCGACAGAUCGUGUUCUUUAAUGGAAUCAGGUGGAUACAUGAUUAUCAAGAUGCCUGUGUAGAGAAGCUAGAGAAGUUUCUCCGCGGUGAGGUCAACACAUCCAGCAAAAGGGCUGCCUUGUUCCAGAUGGGGUCGUCGACGGAGGGUCCCGUGAAAGGACCAUGUAAAUACAGUUCCAGUGAAAGCACCAGCCCUACAAGCCCUUUGUAGUCCCUAGCAACCACAUUACCCACCGAUUACGACCUUCAUCUUUGGAGCAACCGUCGUAUUACGGAUCUCACUUGAUUGGAUGUUUCCACAUCUGUUUGACCUUCACCUUCGAAGGUUGAAUCAUACCGCAUUGUGAUAGGCUGAUAAAAUGACCUUCACCUUUCGAAUUUGCUUGUAUGGAAAUCAUACUGUUUUGUGAUUGGCUGAUUUAAUGUGAGUUUCACCAAUUGGAACAGCUAAUCUGUUAAGAAAUCAUGCUACAUUGUGAUAGCUUCUAACAUAACCUUCACCUUUUUGGAAGACCUAGCUUGUAUGGAAAUCAUGCUCUUUUGUGAUUGGCUGAAAAUGUGAUCAUUGCAUUUAAAAAAUCUUAGAAGGAAAUUAUGCUAAAUUGUGAAUGGCUUUUAAAUAUGACUUUCACGUUUUGAAACAAUUAGUUUGAUUAUCAUCUGCCCAAGAAAAGGUACAGAAUGCAAACAAAAUAUACAUGCUAUGUACUUUAAAACGCUGCUAGCUCGAAUUUGUGGGGUUCAGAACAAUAGUUUGAGGAAUACAGUUAGUCAUAAUACGUCAAUGUGGUGGGAUUGCAGAUCAGCUUCAGCUAUGUUAAUGACAUGCUUGAGUAGGUGAUCGAAAGAAAAAAAACGUUAAUAAUAUAAUUAUAAAACUUCUUACAAUGAAAACAUAUUGCAAUCUGUAUGUCAAAGAAACUAAACAUGUAGCAUACCAAUAGUUUAAGGCCGUGGCGAUGUAUUGGGUUAAUUCUUUUUUGAGAAAUAACGAAAAGAAGGAUACUGCCGUUAAUCCUGUAAUUAUUUGAUGUCCAGUUGACACCUUUAUAAACACAUUGAGUGUAGACUGCUGAUUUUGCUUUAAGGCAAUUCAUUGCCAGGCAGUUGGUGACUACCUGAUCGAUCAGUGGUAAGGAUUAAUGGUAAGAGCUUGACUAUUUGGGGAUAAAUCAGAGUUUGAAGAACAUGGGUGAUUCGAGGAAUGAUUGUUUUAUAAAUCUGAGGUUACUUUACAAAAGAAAAUAUAUAAGAGCACGUUCAGGACUAAGCAAACUUGACAAACAGAGGGUAUUCGAGUAAUGUGAGUUCAGGGAAGUUAAGGGUUUCACGAUAUGCCUGGUCAAAUAUUUCCCCUUCACAUGUAGAAUCCAUGUUAGACUGGUGUUAAUUCACAUUUCACGGGGGAGACCCUAUUAAUAUGAAGCUGUACACUUCUACAGUCAAGUCUACUCAUUCAAUUAAGAGACUACCUGUGUUAAGAGCCUCACUUUUACUGUUCCCCGCUGUAAUUAUUUCAGUGUUGUUUUUACCUGUAUUUAGAAACUACAUGCAUUAGGAGACCAUCGUUUUGACUGACCUUCCGGACAGUGGUUUCUUAAUACAGGUUUGACUGUAUGAACAUUUGCCCUCAUUACGUAGGGUGUAAAGGGCAAAAGUUAAAUGAUGACAAACAUUAUACCAGUAUACAGUAAUACACACAAGGUGUCCAUUACUCACAUAUUGUAGUUAGAUGCUGGUUUCGUUUUUACUUUGGAAUAUUGUUGAGAGUUGAGGAUAUUGUUGUUAUUUGGGUUCUGUAUCAGAGAUGACAUUGCCCUAUAGUAAUUAUGAUGCUGACCAUUGUGUCGGUCUGACCACAGUAUCGCCUUCAGUGGUUUUCUCACAAACCAGAAGUCUAAAAUUCCUAACUUUAAUGCUGAUAUUCUGUUAUAUUUAGAUAUGUAGUAGAUGUUUAUACGGGUGUACCAUGCAAAUAUAUUGCACUGCCAUUUCUGACCUACCAGCGUUUAUUUCUGUAGUAAAGAUAUUUGAUAUCUCACACAAAUAAUGACGUUCCAAAAUCCAAGAUGGCCACUUUUCAUGGUCACUGAUACUAAAAGAGUAACAGAAAUCCAAGAUGGCCACCGUUCAUUGUUUCUGAUUGGCUGAGACAUAUGUGGCUAUACUUUUGUUCAUAAUUAGUGGUAAAUUAUACUAAAUGGAUAGUCUCCAUGGUGAAUGAUGACAAAUUACCUGCAUUCCAUAAUCUAAGAUUGCUACCAUUGCUUCUUAUUGGCUGAAACCUUUUAGUCUAUACGAUGACUUAUGUUAUGCUGGUUCGUUUUUUGUGGUAACUGUUAUUUGGUGUAUUACAUAUAUGUGUGAACUGCCCCAUAACCAAUAUUCUCCCGUAAUCACUAUAUGUUUCCUCACUACCGACUCAUUGGAUAAACCUGCGAGGAGUUCGUAAUCACUUUAGUCUACCCGCUAGUGGAUAACACCCUGGACGUUAUUUCAUUGGUCAAUCUUCUAAUUAUUACAUCAAGAAAAAAAUCAUUGCGACAUCAUUGUUUAUGGUGAUUGUUUCGCCUAUGGGAAAACAGGGAUGAUGUGUUCCCAAAAGGAAUAUAUCGUUUUCUAGAUAUAAUAUCUGAACGUUUGUGAGAGAAAAAAGUCCCCAAACUAGUGAUGGUCAGUGUUCAUGAUUAUCUAACUCAUGAUAGUCAAUUUUUAAGUUGUAAAAGACAUCCGGUAAACCCUGUGUCUUCAUACAAUUUGAAAAUUAACUAUUUCGAGUUAGAUAAACAUGAUAGUCAACCCUCAGUCAUUAGGGAACCUUAAUUAUAUGCUAGGACUUUUACCUUACAUGAAUGUGCAUCUUUUGCAAUAAAAUUGAUAACAAUUGAAUCAUUUGAAACCGCAAACAUUAUAGUAAAAGUGCCUCUGUGCCAUACACUUAAUAAAUAUCGAGGGAAAUCGUGAUUUUAUUUUAAAAAAAAAAAAUUGAACUUUGAGGUAAGUCUGUCUUUUCUAGAAUAAAAUAAGUUCAUACAUGUUAGAAAACCUGGUCAACGUUGCUGAAAGGUUGUUUAACGUUAACAACUUGUGGUAAGUGAAAAAUUCAAAAUGUUGUCAAUAAAAAGCACUUGCAUUCAGAGCAUAGUUAAAAAAAUGGCUAAUUAUUGAUUAACUCAUCCAACCUUUGAACAACCAUGACCUGGAGUUUGUUAAGGCAAAUUGAAACCGUCGUUAUCUGAAUGAGACAUGUUAUUAUGUUAUCUGUGUAAUAAUAUGUGUUAAUAUACUGGUUGAGAUUUUACUCAAACUUAUUCUCAGUGAUCUUAAAUGUGCAGGACAACAUCUAGAAGUCAAGAUCACAUUGGAGGGUCAAAUGUUAGAUCGCCAUUCCUGUCUGUUAGAACAGAUCAAAUAUUUGGCCAGGGGAAAUUCAAAGGUAUGUGUUUACUGAUUUAGGAUAUGUUGUGUAUUCUGAUUGACCAGAAACAUUGUUAAAUGAAACUUAAAAAGUUUUCGUAGACUGCAUAGCAUAGUUAACUUGUUGUUACCAGCAGAAAUCAUAAUUGACUGUUAAUUAUAAUACAAUGUACUUAUUACACGAGUGCGUUACGGUUACAAAUAUCAUUUCUACAACUUCACAGGCCUUGGUCCCCCAGACCCUCCAUGGCCAUAAUCAGUAAAUAUAUGGGCAUUUCCUCAGUUUGAAAUAGCAGGCAACAAACGGUUAUUCCACAAACGUACUUAAACCUGUGUUUAUGUUGUCAGAUUUGUUGUAUUUUGUGUAAUCAGUAAUUUCCAUAUUAUUUAAUGUUCUCAUUUUUAUUUUUUAAGUAUUUAUAUAUUUUGUGCAAUAAUAUGAAAUGCAUUUACCUUCACCAGAUCUUAAUCAGUAUUUUUAUUCCAGUCUCUUGCGUUUAUCUCACGGGGGCCAGACGCAUCAAUAGUCAUAUGAAGAAUUUUAUAUAAUUCCGUCUUCUCCAUGAUAAUACCAUGGUAUGCAUGUUUCAUAUAAAGGCCAUACAACAUGAAAUUGAGCGACAAGGAAGUAAAAUGGUACUAUUCCUUAACAUGGACUUCCAUAUAUGGGGUAUAUUUUAGCAAAUAUCUUAUUUUUGUUUUGUUCAAAAGAUGACAAAAUUAUGGAAAAGUGAAUUUGAACUUUGUGAUGGUGUUUUGAAAAGUACCAUCACACUAAAGAUGUUAAAGCAUUAGAAAUAGAGGUAAAACUGCGAGAAAAAAAUGAAAUGCAGAAAUUUGAUUUUGACAAAAAUGCAUCACACAUAAAUUCUCUAUGAAGUAUGUUUUUCUCCUGUAGAAUAGAUUUUAUGACCUAGACCUAUAUACAUUUUUAUAUGGUAUAAUCUGUCUAAACGGAACCUAUAUAAAACAGAAACCUGUAUAAUUCCAUCCUGGAUAAUCCAGGGGUUACGCCAAAUGUACGCGUUCUGCACCCCUGGCAUAUGUCAUGACAAAAUCAAACGAUCAGUAUGUGCCAUCUUGUGUAUGAUACAAGUGGACUAAUUUGAUAUUUUGUUCUACAUCAAAAGAAACACACGGCAGCGUUACAAUAAAACUGACCAACUAUGAUGUUGGGUGUCGCUCUUCGAAAGACAGGUAUCGUCCUAGCAAUUUGACAAUCUAAUCAAAUAGCUUUCCAUGCCAUGACAUAUCUCAGGGGUACAGGGAGUUAUGCGAGCUUCACUCCUUGAGUAUUGAGGAUGGUAUGGUACCAACACCUGUAUAAACCAGACGUUAUAUUUCAGUCCAAGUUUAAUUUGGUGUAUUUGACCUGUGUAAUAAGACACCUGUCUAUUUCGACAGUAAUAGGUUUCACUCUAUAUAUUCAUCCUGUGAUAUUAUUAUUUAUGUCUUGCCCCUGUGCUGAAACUAGUCUUCAGAUUUAUUUACGUGUUUUAAUAUUUUGUUUCCUUUAUUGAUUAUAAAUAUUUUGUUUUUAAUUUUCAUAUUACAAAUGUCUGUUUUAGACGACAUAUUUAUUAUUAUAUCAAGAAUUUCCAGCAUAAUAAAAGCCAGUGAACAUUGUUGUCACCUUCAGCUUUCACUCAG